UUGAAUCUGUGCUGCAUAGAAAAAUGUCUCCUGAGCUGUCCUAUGCAGUUUGACGAGUGUUUUAUUUUAUAAUUGCAUAGUUUUCUAUUAACUAAAUCACACAAAAUCAGUUUCAUACCCACCGCAAGGCUGUGCAACUUGUAGAUGUACAAAUGGAGCCAUGAUAGUUGUGUAGUAGUGUCGUCGUAAAUCAUUUAGUAGGACCGACGCUUGUCACGCUAAUCAUUAUUUUGUAGUGUUCGUAAUUGGUUCCUAGACGUUGUGGGGAAUACCAAGUGGUAGUUGGAAUCGAUGGCGGCUUGAGUGCUUCCGCGGUGUGAUUAUUGGCGGGAGGCGGGCUCCCAUAGUUCGGUGACUCAUACGCGGGCUGGUGACUUGGUGAUCAUGGAUACCGAUGAUGGAGAAUCCUCGAGCAGUGGGCCUAUGUCAAGCCUGAACAGCCUGUUCUCAUUUACAAGUCCCGCUGUCAAGAAAUUGUUGGGGUGGAAACAGGGUGAUGAAGAAGAGAAAUGGGCGGAGAAGGCAGUGGACAGCCUGGUGAAGAAGUUAAAGAAACGGAAAGGUGCCAUCGAGGAGUUGGAGCGAGCGCUGUCAUGUCCUGGCACACCGUCCAAGUGUGUCACUAUACCUAGAUCACUUGAUGGCAGGUUGCAGGUAUCACACCGCAAAGGUCUUCCUCACGUGAUAUACUGCCGCGUGUGGCGCUGGCCUGACCUGCAGAGCCACCACGAGCUCAAACCCUUGGAGAUCUGCCAGUACCCCUUCAGCGCCAAGCAGAAAGAAGUCUGCAUCAACCCCUACCACUACAAGAGAGUCGAGAGCCCUGUCUUACCGCCAGUGUUAGUACCUAGACAUUCUGAAUUCGCUCCAGGUCACUCUUUACUCCCCUUCCAAAGGACUGCGGAACCUUCGAUGCCUCAUAAUGUCUCCUACUCCGGGUCAGGGUUCCCUCCAUCAGCUAGCUCAGAGCUUCCUGACACGCCACCUCCAGCGUAUUCCCCACCUUCUGACGAUUCAGAACCGCCAGGAGAAGUAGCCCCAGUUUCCUACCAGGAGCCACUUUACUGGGCCUCCGUUGCAUACUACGAGUUGAACUGCCGUGUCGGCGAGGUUUUCCAUUGCAACUCCCAUUCGGUGGUGGUCGAUGGCUUCACGGAUCCUUCGAAUAACAGCGACCGGUUCUGUUUAGGACAGCUCAGUAAUGUGAACAGGAAUUCGACGAUUGAGAACACCAGACGUCACAUAGGGAAAGGAGUACAUUUGUACUACGUAGGCGGGGAAGUUUACGCGGAAUGUUUAUCGGACGCUGCCAUUUUCGUCCAGAGUCGCAACUGUAAUCAUCAUCACGGUUUUCAUCCUUCUACGGUGUGUAAAAUACCUCCCGGCUGUUCCCUUAAGAUCUUCAAUAAUAGAGAGUUUGCCCAACUGCUGUCCCAAAGCGUCAAUCAUGGUUUCGAAGCGGUCUACGAGCUGACGAAGAUGUGUACGAUUCGUAUGUCGUUUGUGAAAGGCUGGGGGGCGGAGUACCAUCGUCAGGAUGUGACGUCUACUCCUUGUUGGAUAGAGAUCCACCUGCACGGGCCGCUGCAGUGGCUGGACAAGGUGCUGACGCAGAUGGGGUCCCCGCACAACGCCAUCUCGUCGGUGUCCUAGCCGCGUCCCUGCUACUCGACAACCCCCACCGUACUUUGGUAUCCGGUAUUAAAAUUCUUUAAUCUCAAAAAUCAUUUCAACCGUUGCAUUUUGUAUUUUAUACGUGACAGAAUAUUUUUAAUCGUUUUUUUAAUGUUUUGUGUUGUAAUAAAGCCCCAAUUGGCAUUUUACAAUUAUGCAGCUCAAACCAUGUGUCCAAUUUAUUGAAUCGUAUAUUAUAAGCGUAUUAUAACGAAUAAAGACAUUAAGGUUUACUAUGCUCGUCAAUAUAAUUUAUGACAAGGUAAAAAAGAUAUUAUUGGUGUAAAUAAAUAAUACUUAAAAACUUUUUGGUAACGUCAAGCACAAAAGUUUAAGUUCGCCAUAAAUUCGUUCGAUAUUGAUGAUAUUAUUUUAGUAUAUUAUUAUAAAUAUAUUAUUAAGAUAAGACAUACAUAUAUAUGUAAGUUUCGUAUACUUUGUAUGAAUAGCUUAGAUUUAGUUUUAAUGCAAUUUUUAUUUUUAACUAACAUUUGAAUCAUGGUUUUGGUUUUGUGGCUCUUUGUGUAAAAUUGUUCCGCUUUCGCAUAAAUACAGAACGGAUAUUCAACAUUGAUAAAAACUAUAAAAUAAGAGUAAAAAAUACAAACAUUUAAUACAAUAAUGCCAUAGGAAAUCGUCACAAUAAGAAUAAAAUGGAACAUUGGAUGACAAUAACAUUUUAUACAAAUAAACCACAAAACUAACAAUAGGUAUAGCGUAGCGACGAAUAUGUGUUCUAUAUAUUACAGUAAUUGUAUUUAUAUUUUAUAUAGGUAUGUCAAAUUCGUUUUUUCGACUCGCAACUCCGAUUGAGGGAAUUUAUAUAGAUUAUAAAUAUAUUUUAGAAGAGAGGAAGAAAGAAAGAGUAUGAGUCAUACAGGGCUUGCGUGCAUGCAAAAGAGAAAGAGUAUGUUAGAAAAGGUUAACAAAACGGUAUGUUUUAGUGAUGUUAUGAGUCGAAAAAAUAUUAUUUGCAAAUAAUUUUAAAUCGUGCCAUCAUAAAAGUUGACAGAAUUAAUUUUGUCGUGUAAAUUGUAAAAUCUGAACGUUGCAAUUUCAUUUUAUAGAUUGUUUUGUUCGUAGUUAUUUUAUAUUGUAAAAAAUGUUUUGUUUUUAAAUAAAAUUGACGAAAGUUUUGAUAAAAUGUAAAGUCGAAAUUCAAUGCAAAAUUUUUGGAAUCUAGUUGUUUAGGGAUGACAGUUUUACAAAAAAAUAUAAAGAAUUAAAACCAAAUCAGGGACAUGUACAGAGUAAAGAAAAAUGUGAUUGAUCUCAAAAUAUUAAUAAGAAAUGAUUUAGUUCCUCAAAAAGAGUGACUGUUUCGUGUCCCAGUUAGUAGAGGUAUAGAUAACUUAUAUAUUUUCUAUUAAAAUAUUGCAGUGACUAACGUUUUCAAAACUCGACUAAUCACAAGCCAAGUAAAGUCUUUUAUAUUUGUCAGAUCUAUUCUGCUGACUGUAUUACCCUGGUAUUGCAACAAAAGGGUAUUUAAAUCAAUUUUCUUAUUAUAAACUCGAAAUCUUCAAUAAUCACAUAAUGAAAGAAAACAAUAUAUACGUUUCACUUUUUAUUACAAAGAUAGAUAAACAUAUAGAAUGUACUAAGUUCCCGUGAAUUGUCAAUGCAGUCUAUGGUACAUAGAUAAUAUUCAAUUACAUCAUUGCACAGAUAAAAAAUGAAAUUAAACAAAUGAAUCUUAAUGAAAUUCAUGACAUAACUUUUACAGUUUGACGCGGAAAAGUAGAAAAAUAUUGUUCAAUCAUGUAUUCAACUUUGCCUACCGAUAGGUCAAUCAAUACCAGUGAAUUCAUAUUAUACUUGUUAGUAUGAAAAUAGAACAUAGUGCCGCUGCAUUUAAAGCAUAUAUUUAAAUAAAUAUACAAAACAAAAAAUCUUAACCUAUAAAAGGACAUAUUAUGGAUAAAAACGUAAACUUGAAUAUUUCAAACAAAUAUAAUCUAGUGAUUAAUAUAAAGUGUCUUAAAUCCGUUUUUUAAUAAAUUAGCGUCAAUAAAAUACGGUUUUCAUAUACAAUUGAUAGUGUUGUUAUAAAACUAAUGGCCUCUUAAUGUGCCUAAAUGUAGUUUGUAUGACCGUCCACAUAUAUAGCUGCUUUUUUGUACGGAUCUUGUCAUUUGAUGAUCACUGAGUAUGAAGGUGCGUUUUGAACGAUAAAAAAUAGCUAGAUAGUUGCCGACUACUGCCGACCGCACUUGCAGCCACUGUAUGAAUUCGGUCGAUAUAUGAGGGCGACUGCACAUGCUGCUGCCGCUACGAUCCAAAACAGUUUCAUGUAAAUACAUACCAGUAGUGCGGCCGAUUUCAUGGGCAGUAGCAGUCAGCGGCCAGCUUUCUAAACGUACCUUGAGGGUAAAGGAUGGGUUGUUACCCUAACUUUUAAAACAGGGGUAAACUUACACAAUUUUAUUGUUGGACUUUUUGUAUGCUCAUUAGUGCAAGUAUGCAAUUGGUUUCAACUAUGAAGAGUAUAUUGAAAAUGAAUGAAUGAAAAUAAGUAAUUAUAAAAAAAAGACUAGACAUUGGUCCCCCUAACAUUUGCCUUGAGCAUUUAUAUAAAUGACUUGUAUGACAAGAUCCAUAUAAAAAUUAGUUACGUUUACAGUUAAAAAGUAUACUUCGUAUAUAUUUUUCUUUUACAAAAUGUUUUUCCAUAUAUAACAUAUUGGCUUGUUGUCAUAAUACAUGCAAACUUAUUUAUAUAUUAUUAUUAUAGUGCCUUUUAAACUCUGAACUUCGACGAAUGCCUUAUUGUUUUAAUUAUUACAUGAGAGUAUUCAUAUUAUAUUUGGAAUUAUCUACGAUAUUGCAUUUUUGUUUUAAUUUUUUAUUAUAAUUUGACCAUAAUUUUAAUAGUGCCUAUUCUUAUAAAUUAGUAUAAAAUACCAUUUGUAUGCCUUAUUUUUCGAAUUCAUAUUUUUAUUGUACAAGUUGUGUAAAAAGUAGUUGGGCAGGUUUUGACAAAACGUUUUAAUUACAAAAAGAAAACAGGAAAUGAAGUUCUAAAAUUACAAAAAUAUAAUAACAAUAAAACAACACCUUGUAUGGGUGACGCCAGUUGUCGUUUUUUACCUAACUAAUUUUUAUACAACUCCCUGUAUAUGUCUGUUAAAAAACGUAGAAGUCUGUAAACUUAUUGCUGAUAUUACACUGUAUAUUUAAUACUUAUUUUCGAUUGAUUGUACCAAUUGAUGGAACAAUUCUAUUCUCUUAAAUUGACAAAAAUAAAAAAAUAUAAACACCGAAGAACACGUAUGCUAUUAACCAUUAUAGUUCUUAGCCAAGUUGAUUCCCAGUCUUUCGAAGUUUAAUCAUUUAAUUUAAUUUAGGUCUUUACAAGCACUCAUGAACGUCAAAAAUAUAGAUACGUUUGAUUCUAGUUACCCAUUUCAAAAGUAGCUUCCUAUGGCGAAGAACGGGCAAGGAAGUCCAUGGUUACCUAGUAAAACAAUUAUUUAUGAAUUUAUCACUAGAAGCCAUAACAAAUGAACUUGAGGUUCAUUAAGCAAUUGUUUCUUUCUCUUGGUACAGUCGAAUCGAGAAACAAACUAAAAUACUAAUAAUGGUUUAUGUGCGUCUGUGUGAUCCUGUGACGUCAGAGUGGAAUGUCUGUUUGUACAUAAUGUUUUACGACGGUGUGGCUAUUGUUAUCGUGGUUUUAUUUCGACUGGGUUUGGGUUUGACUUACUUUAAAACUGUAGGUGCUACGGCGCGGCGUGGGUACAUUAGAAAAUAACAUGAUAUAAAUGGAUCUAAGAAAAAAUGUGUACCUAUAUAUUGAGUUACACAAUAAAAUAACCUCUUACUAAAUUCACUUUUAAUGAAGAUAGUCAACACAAUAUAAAUGUGCCCUUGCUGGAAACUUAUCAAUCAUUUUUGAAACCUGUUUAAAGUAGAACACAAACUUUUUUAUUGACUUUACCAUCCAGAAAGUAGCACAAAAUGUAGCAUAAAUAGAAAAUUAUUACUUAUUAAACUGUAUCACCGUGAAUAAUCUAAAGGUAGUCAAACCCAAAAAGUCUAUGUCUGUUGAUUUUGUGAGGUUGCUGUCAGUGUCGUGUUGUCAGAUUUAAAUGAAGUGAGUUUGUAUGUGGCUCUUUCCACUGCAGUGAAGCAUUGCUUUAUUAAGAACGCACAAGUUUUGUAACUCCGAUGUAAAUAUUUUCUAUAUUAAACCAGCCAUUUUAGUUCAUAUUGCCAAGAAAUAAAAUAAUUCUUUUUAAUUAUAAACUAGCUUCUGCCAGCGGUUUCACCCGCAUCCCGUGGGAACUACUUCCCGUACCGGGAUAAAAAGUAGCCUAUAGCCUUCCUCGAUAAAUGGGCUAUCUAACACUGAAAGAAAUUUUCAAAUCGGAGCAGUAGUAGUUCCUGAGAUUAGCGCGUUCAAACAAACAAACUCUUCAGCUUUAUAAUAUUAGUACAGAUAGGUAAUACAGACAUCACUUUACAUAAAGUGUAUUUUUACCCGCCUUCAAAAAAGGAGGAGGUUUUCGAUUCGUCGGGAUCUUUUUUUUUUAAUAAUAUGGUUGUAAAAUAAACCUUAUGUUUUACUGCAGUGGGUCAAGAGCUUUGUGUACAAAAUUGUGAAUGUUUCGCUCUAUAUACUGUAAGAUAGGUGUAAGCGCAUAGAAGCCAUUGUUCAUGUAAUUUUUAGUAUAUUUUUUCUCUGUUUAGCAAUUAAUAAAGUUUCUUUUAUUGAUAUAA